UUAAGUGACCGCCAUUAAAGCGAGACAAAAGAUUGUGAAGUGCUAUUUCUUAGUGCGUGAUACAAAAGUGAAUUAAAGAAAAGUCCCAUUGGACGCGGUUGGAGACAAUCGAAAGUGGACACAAUUUGUGGCCACCACUCCCGGGAACCGUUUGCGACCAGUUUGGGUCCGUUCCGUGCUGGUUUUCCAGCCUAUUUUUUUCGGCUGACCAGUUAAUAGAAAAGGCCUGAAAAUUGAGACCACAGGAGCAUUCACCGGCCCGAUCAUGUUUACUACAAACAACAUCCAGGCCGGGACACCGGUCGGGAUACAGUACCAAACAACGACGGCCGAUGUAAACAAACAGGUUAAGCUAGACGGUCAGAAAACGAACCAACAGACGCCAGAGUUUUCCACUUUCUACGCGAAUGUCAACAUGAUCCAGAAGCUGACGCCAACAUCGCAGGCGUUGAGUACUGUCAAUCUUGCUCAGCUGGCUGACGACACCAAAACCGUACAGUAUCUGCAACCGUUUAGCUAUGCGAAUUGCGCGCUCGUCAAUCAGAUGCAGAUUCCGAACGGGGUUACAGGGAUAACCGUUGAUGGUCGGCAACUGGUCGUCAAUAAACCGAUCGCAAACACCAUUUCCAACAUCAGCUUCAAAUGUGAUGUAUGCGGGUUAAUGUUCAAUCAUUUGACGCUGUUGAACCACCACAAACGCACCCACAAUCAGGACGGAGAAUCAACUUCGGAUGCCAUCACUGUGGUUACCCAACCGCAGAAUUUAGUACAAGCUCAGAACAUUAUUUCGGAAACUGGCCAAAAUUUGGGACAGAUACAAAUUGUUGCCACCGAGUCACUGGAUCCAGCCCCGCAGCAAACCGUUCAGCAUCAAUUGGAACAACAGCAGCAGCAGCAACAGCAACAGCAACAACAACAGCAGCAGCAGCAACAACAACAACAGCAGCAGCAGCAGCAACAACAACAACACCAGCAUCAACAACAGCAACAGCAACAACAGGUUGUUCACGUGACUCACGUAAAACAGGAGAAGGUCCAAAAAUGUAUAACUUGCGGCGGCCCAAUUCAAAAUAACCCCAAGCGUAAAGGACCCAAGCUGAUCCGUUGCGAGACUUGUAUUAGCAAUGACAACGCUCAUAACGUGCCGAGACCGACGCAAAUUUUUGUGGCUCCUGAUGGCGAUAUAAAGUUUGAAAUCGGCGAAAUUCCCAACACCUCCAGCAGUAGCUCCUCGAUGGAGUCGUUGAUGCCGGCGCAGAUCGCCACUAUCAAGACAGAGCACAGUGCACCACAGGCGACGCAAGUUCAGGCUCAUCCGGUUAAGAAGCGAAACAUGGCCACGGUUACCAAGUGUAAUAAAUGCAACGGUUCAGGCGUUAUUAUCGUAGGCGGACAGAAAAAACAUUUGCAGCAAGCUCCAAACACGGUCCAUCAGCAUCAAACACAAGAAAAACCUUUCACAUGUAAUACCUGCGGUGGACGGUUCUCCCGAUAUUCCAGCUUGUGGUCGCACAAGAAGUUGCACUCGGGCGAAAAGAACUACAAAUGCGGUAUAUGUGGCAUAGCCUUUGCAAAAGCCGUCUACUUGAAGAACCAUACACGGAUACACACCGGCGAAAAGCCGUACAAAUGCGGAACUUGUGGUAUGCAAUUUUCUCAAUCCCCUCACUUGAAGAAUCACGAGAGAACACACAGCGGAGAAAAACCGUACGUUUGCGAGGUUUGCGAUAAAGGAUUCGCACGGCAUGCCACUCUGUGGAACCAUCGACGCAUUCACACCGGCGAGAAACCGUACAAGUGUAACCGCUGCCAGUCGGCCUUCAGUCAGGCCGCUCAUCUGAAGAAUCACGAAAAGGUUCAUUCUGGCUUGAAACCGUUUAAAUGUGACAUAUGUUCAGCGGCAUUUGCCGAUCGUUUCGCUCUGAAGCGACAUCGCGGCAUCCACGAGAAAUACGGUCAAACCGCACCACUCCAUCAGAAUCAGAUAGUUCACAAGGAGGAAAUUAUCGAGAUGGAUGAAAGGUCCGGAGAGGUAGUGAUCGGCACGAUGUAAAACUGCCUUCGAAUUGAAGUAUGUACUUGUUUUUUUUCUAAUGAGCACAAGCCACAGAUGCGGUUGUGUUCGUUCAACCGACACGCAGUAAUGCAGUCGGUUCGUUUUAUGGUACUAAUUAUUGGACAGAUUUAGUCACAUUGUAGGUUAAUUUUUUCUGUUCACUCAAAAUCAGUGAGCUCGAUUGUGAAGUAACAUGAUGUCGAAGCCAUAUUGCUACCAUUUUUUGUAACUUUUUCAUUUUAGAUUUACAGUUUACCUUCGAUAAUAGUGGUAAAUGAUUUUUAAACAAAUAAAAUCAAACUUACGGGGAUUUUCACGAAAAUAUCAGUGUAGUUUUACUGCAGAUCUUUUAGAGGUAAAAUAUCUUACAUUCAACGAUUAUUGUGAGUAUAUUUCAUCCAACGCUGAGAAGUUAUGUAAAAAGAUAAGAGCAAAUCUUGAAGAAAUAGAUUUAUAACAUAAAAGACGUCAAUAUGAAAAAAUACAGAAAUUGUGUAAAUAGAACCGUUUUAUGAAUAAUUUAAAUAGAAAAUGUGUCACAAUUCUUUGUAUUCUUCAUUCUUUAAGGACAUUUUCGUUCUUCCUUUACCCAAUUUAAACGGCAUGUAUGGACUAUUUCAUAAGUUAACUGUAAUCGUUAGCGUACAAAUUAGUUAUGCAAAAAUAAAAAAAUGAUUUCUGUAUGUAAAUAAAAUAGCAUCU